AGCUCCAACCCCCCCCCCCCUCCCUUCUCUCCCAAAUAUUUGUACCAGCUUCUCUUCUCUGCAGAGUUGUCGUCCCUCGCCUGAACGUACUCAUAGAUCAUUUUACAGUUGCCUGCCAUAUAUUUAUCUCUUCUCCGCCAUUAGUAUUGCGUCUGUGUCUGUUCCAUCCCAGGCGCUACUGUAAUCCUCCCUUCAGUAUUUAACAAUAAAAUGGCUUCUUCAGGCGGCAGCUUAAAUACUUCUCUUAAUUCAUAUUCCAGCUAUUCUUUUCCAAACCAAUUCAUGGCGCCUUCUUUUAGCGAUCUUAUUAAUGGUAAUAAUACUAGCACCAGUGGUAACGACCAGGGCAUGAUGAACAACAGGUCUAACCAAGACAAGCCUCCUUUCAGUUGGGAGCUUCAUGACCAAAUGAUCAACAAGCAAGCUGGCACCACCCCAGCUGAAAUCCCAAAGUUCAAGUCAUUCCCACCUACUUCUCUCCCACUCUCCCCACCUCCAGUUUCCCCUUCAUCAUUUCUUGCUUUUCCUCCGAGUUUAAGCCCUUCGGUUCUCUUGGACUCCCCGGUUCUCUUUUCCAAUUCCAGCACUCUUCCCUCUCCAACAACUGGGACUUUUUCCAGUUUGGUCCGGAAGGAUGAGGACACCAAAUUCGUUUCUGAUUUCUCUUUCCAAUCCCAGACGAGGCGUCCACUUUCUUCGUCAUCCUUGUUUCAUGCUUCUGCGGGCAAAUCCUCAUCGCAAGAAGCAUCGAUAAAGCAGCAAGCUGGUGGAUGGAACUUUGAUAACAAGCCCAGCCAAUUCAUAGAAUCCUCCGCAGUAAAACAUGGCAUUAUAUCGGAAUUAGCUCCAACCACCCAAAGGCUCGGGGCAGAGGUUCCAGCAACUCAGGGAAGCAUGCAAAGCGAUCCUGCUCCAGACUCCAGUCAUGUUCACUAUAGUCAACCAUCUCAAUAUGUAAGAGAGCAAAGGAAAUCAGAUGAUGGAUACAACUGGAGAAAGUACGGACAGAAGCAAGUUAAAGGAAGUGAGAAUCCCCGUAGUUAUUACAAGUGCACGUUUCCAAACUGUCCAACCAAGAAAAAAGUGGAGAGAAAUUUGGAGGGGCACAUCACAGAGAUAGUGUACAAGGGAAAUCACAAUCAUCCCAAGCCGCAGUCCACAAGAAGGUCGUCGUCACAAUCCAUUCAAAAUCCUUCAUACACUCACUCUGAGAUUUCUCAUCAUUCCAACACACUGGGAGAAAACGCUCAAACUGAUUCUUUGCCGAACGCGGAGAAUUCUUCUGCUUCUUUUGGGGAGGAUGAAUUUGAUCAAACCUCUGCAAUCAGCAACUCCAGAGACGAUGAUGAAAACGAACCAGAUGCCAAGCGAUGGAAGGGUGAAAAUGACAGCGAGGCGAUAUCAGUUUCUGGGAGUAAAACCGUGAGAGAGCCCAGAAUUGUUGUGCAGACUACGAGUGACAUUGAUAUUCUGGAUGAUGGAUAUCGAUGGAGAAAAUAUGGCCAGAAGGUUGUUAAGGGCAACCCAAAUCCUCGAAGCUACUACAAGUGCACUUAUUCAGGUUGUCCGGUUAGGAAGCAUGUGGAACGAGCAUCCCACGAUCUCAGGGCGGUUAUCACCACUUAUGAAGGAAAACACAACCAUGAUGUUCCUGCUGCCCGCGGUAGCGGAAGUUAUGCUGUGAAUAGACCUUCAGCUAUCAAUAACAACAAUGAUUUGCCAGCCGCCAUCAAGCCAUUAGCUACAAACAGUAACUCAGUUUACGGGACAAAUUUCGCAAACUCCCUCCAAAAUCCAAUUCCCAGGCCACAAAGUCAAGCACCAUUCACUCUGCAGAUGUUACCCAGUCAAGGCAGGUUUGGGAUUUCCGGCAACUCAGCAAGUGCCAACCAAGUGCAGCAGACUGGCAAUGCCUUCCACAUGGCAAAACAAGAACCUAAAGAUGACUUGUUCUUUAACUCUUUCCUCAAUUGAUUCUUCCAGGAGCAUAAUAACAGAUUUACUUCAAUUUGGUUGCGUGCAAAGCACCAAAUAAUCCGUAGGCGUCUCCUUCUGUAUGUGUUAGGAAUUAUUUGAAUUAAUUUGUUAAUUUGUUAUAGGGGUCAUUGAAGCUUAGCAAAAGAGGCUCGUAAAUAUCCUUCAUGAAUUUAGAGACUGGAGUCUAGGACCUUUGCUGUGGAAUCUAAAUAAUUCCUGUAGCUCAAUUUCUGUUGUAAUUUAAGUUGUGAGGUAGAAUGUCCAAUGUUUUUUUUAAUAGAGUUGAUCAAAUUUUUCCAA